AUGGAGAUCGCGUUGGUGACUCUGGAGAACGGCGGCGCCACGGCCAUCGUGGGCGGCGAGGAUGCCGCGGCCGGCGGCAGCGGUAGCGGUAGCGGUGGCGGCGGCAGCAUCCGUGUCCGGCGGAGGGGCGACUUGCAUAUCGUGGGCUCCGGCGGGCCGCGGCUGAGCGACGGCAUGGAGGGCGUCCCGUCGUCAUCGCCGCCGUCUCCUCCACCACCACCGGCGGACGAGGACCAAGACCGGGAGCAGCCACCACCGGCUCCCCGGGAAGACGGCGGCGAGAGGCGCGGCAGCGGCAGCACAGGCAGCCCCAAGGGCCAGGAGGCAGCGUGCGGAGUCGCCCCGCCGCCCCCUCAACAACCGCCGCCACAACCGCCGCCCCGACAACCGCCUCCCAAACCGCCGCCCCGCGCCCCGCGCCCCACCGCGGCGGUGGACAUGGGCCCUGCGGAGGAAGGGGGGCACCGCCGAGGCAUGGCCAUGGCGGCAUCAGGCGAGGAGGAGGAUGAGGCGGCGGCGGCGACGAACCGCGGUGCCAUGCACCACCAGCGGGUGUUGAUCAACAUCUCCGGGCUGCGCUUCGAGACCCUGCUGGGCACCCUCAACCAGUUCCCUGACACGCUGCUGGGGGACCCAGACAAGCGCAUGCGCUACUUCGACCCGCUCCGCAACGAGUACUUCUUCGACCGCAACCGACCCAGCUUCGACGGCAUCCUCUACUUCUACCAGUCCGGGGGCAAGCUCCGGCGACCUGUCAACGUCUCCAUCGAUGUGUUCACCGAUGAGAUCCGUUUCUACCAGUUGGGCGAGGAGGCCAUGGAGCGCUUCCGGGAGGACGAGGGCUUCAUCAAAGAGGAGGAGAAGCCCCUGCCCCGCAAUGAGUUCCAGCGCCAGGUCUGGCUCAUAUUUGAGUACCCUGAGAGCUCCAGUUCAGCCCGGGCCAUUGCCAUUGUCUCCGUGCUGGUCAUCCUCAUCUCUAUCAUCACCUUCUGCUUGGAGACCCUGCCGGAAUUCAGGGAUGAGAGGGAGAUGCCCGUGCCCUUGCCCACACAAAGUGGAGGUCUGAAUGGCACGACUGGGAACUCCUCACCCAUGAAGCCACCCAGUAGCCUUGCUGACCCCUUCUUCAUCAUUGAGACCACCUGUGUGAUCUGGUUCACCUUUGAGCUCCUUGUCCGCUUCUUCGCCUGCCCCAGCAAGCCCGAGUUCUCACGCAACAUCAUGAACAUCAUUGACAUUGUGGCCAUCAUUCCCUACUUCAUCACCCUGGGCACCGAGCUGGCCCAUGAGCAGCAGCAGCCCGGGGCUGGCAGUAGCAAUGGGGGUGGAGGCCAGCAGCAAGCCAUGUCCCUGGCCAUCCUCAGAGUCAUUCGCCUGGUCAGGGUCUUCAGGAUCUUCAAGCUCUCCAGGCACUCCAAGGGGCUGCAGAUCUUGGGACAGACUUUGAAAGCUAGCAUGAGGGAGCUGGGCCUCCUCAUCUUCUUCCUCUUCAUUGGGGUGAUCCUCUUCUCCAGUGCUGUUUACUUUGCUGAGGCAGAUGACCCUGAGUCUCACUUCUCCAGCAUCCCUGACGCUUUCUGGUGGGCAGUGGUAACCAUGACCACUGUGGGCUAUGGGGAUAUGCGACCUGUCACUGUGGGGGGCAAGAUUGUGGGUUCCCUGUGUGCCAUUGCAGGUGUGCUCACCAUUGCCCUGCCUGUCCCUGUCAUUGUGUCCAACUUCAACUACUUCUACCACCGAGAGACUGAUCACGAAGAGCAAGCUAUCCUCAAAGAUGAACACAGCAGUGGUCAGGGCAGUACAGCAGGCGGAGAUGCAAAGAGAAAAUCCAGUAGAAACUCUCUGAACAAAUCUGUUGUGCACUUGGAAAACAGUGAGGGGCUCAACAAUGACACCAGCUCCUUAGAGAAAGCCAAUAUCAAAGCGAAAAGUAACGUAGACCUCAGAAAAUCCCUCUAUGCUCUCUGUCUGGACACCAACAGGGAAACAGACUUGUAA